CUACAAGACAGUCAGGGCUUUGCGUUGCUAACAUAAUAUCGUUGGGUCUCCCAGGCACCUCUCGAGGCCCCGAACUUACGCUGACCAACGCGCUCCUUCCUUUAACCGCUACGAUUUAUAGUAUCCCUAAAGAGUGCACAUUAUCGUGAAGCUGAAGUAGAAACACGCCAUAAGAUAGCAGACAAGAAAGCCCUAUCGCGCUACUCUAACAUCGCGUGCGCCAAGGGCGCUGUUGCGGCUUUGCAAUGAUGCCACUGGGACUUUCGCGGAGUCUGCAGCUGAACAGUAGAUGCCAUAGAUCGGACUUUUCGCGCUUCACCGCCAGCCCGCGCUGCUGGCCUGGACCAGCCUAUCGGCGUCUGCCCAUCUUCCAAAUUGCGGCAGCGGGGUCAUCCGAUGCCCCGAGCCCGGCGGGCGGGUCACCCGCCGCCGGACCCGCACCCGGCAGCGGCGGUCCCGGCCAGCAGCCGCAGGCAGCGGCGUUGCCCGCUGGGGCGGCGGGCGACGGCGCCGCGGCGCCGGCCGUGGCACCCGCGGCGGCGGGGGGACCGCAGGGGUGUGCAGCGGCGUCCGGGGGCGCCGCGCCUGCCUCCGCCACCCCCGCCACCCCGGCUACCUCCACACCCAGCCCUGCCAGCGCUGCCAGCCCUAGCCCUAGCACCGGCGCUAGCACCAGCGCUAGCACUAGCACCGGUGCCGGCGGUGGCACUAGCAGCAGCGCCAGCAGCGGGGCUGCGACCCCCGCCGCGACGCCGCUGGGCAGCGCAGCUUCCUCUAGCUCCUCUCCCAGCUCCUCUCCCAGCUCCUCUCCCAGCUCCUCUCCCAGCUCCUCGUCGCUGCCGCCCUUCCUGAGGCAGCUGCUCAGCUGGUUUGCCGCGCUGGCGGCGGCGGUGUCUCAGUUCCCGGCCUGGGUGCGGCUGCAGCACUUGAGACGACUGAGGGAGGCGUGCGAGGCAGACCCCAAGGACGCGGACAAGCACGCCGCCUACCUCAGCGAGCUGGUGGGCGCCAACCCGCGCGAGGUGGUGGCGAGGGUGGAGAGCCGCCGCUUCGCAGUCAACGGCGCAGUGGCGGCUGAGUACCUGAAGGCGCUCAUUGCCACAGGCCGCGUGAAGGAGCUGGCGAAGGCGGACGCGGCCGAGGCAGCCGCCGCCUCGGCCGCCGCCGCCUCAGCUGCCCGGGCCGACGAGGACGCCGCUGCUGGUGCCGCCGCCGCGGAGCCGCCGCUGCCGCCGCCGCGGACGCUGUCGGAGCUGCUGCGUGACCUGCAGGAACAGCUGGCCUCCAGCCCGGCGGCCGGCGCUGCCGCGGCCGGCGGCGAGGGCGGCGCCGCGCUGUCCUCAGCGGCGGCGGUGGCGGCGGCGGGGGAGCUGCCGGCGGUUGGCUCCUCUGGGCGGCGGCCGCUGCACGUGGUCAUCACCGGGGUGCCGCCGGGGGCGCUGCAGACCGGCGCCUCCGCUGCCGCCGCCGCCGCCGCGGCGGCUCCCGCCGCCAAGCCGCUGCCGCUGCUGCUGCGGCCGCUGGCCUUCAUGGCGCGGCUGAUGGGCAUGGCGGCUGUGGCGGUGAUGCUGGCGCUCGCGUUCGUGGUGGGAGCCCAGGCCAUCCGGCGCGUGCAGGCCGCCGGCGGCGCGCUGACCUACCCCAGCUCGGGCCUGUCGGCCGGCGCCGGCCCGCCCGUGUCUUCGUCGGCGGGCGGCGGCGGCAGCGGCGCCUCCGCCUCCAGCUCGGGCCCCGGCGGCGGGCCCAGCGUGGACCCCAAGGAGUAUAAGAAGGAGGAGAUGUCGGAGAAGUCCAUCCGCACCUUCAAGGACGUCAAGGGCUGUGACGAGGCCAAGGAGGAGCUCAAAGAGGUCGUGGAGUUCCUGCGCAACCCCACCAAGUUCACGCGCCUGGGCGCCAAGCUGCCAAAGGGCGUCCUGCUGACGGGGCCGCCCGGCACCGGCAAGACGCUGCUGGCCAAGGCGGUGGCGGGCGAGGCGGGUGUGCCGUUCUUCUACCGCGCCGGCUCCGAGUUCGAGGAGCUGUACGUGGGCGUGGGCAGCCGCAGGAUGCGCGCGCUGUUCGCUGCCGCCAAGAAGAAGUCACCAUGCAUCGUGUUCAUUGACGAGAUCGACGCCAUCGGCGGUAACCGCAAAGCCUGGGAGAACCACACGCGCAAGACGCUCAACCAGCUGCUGGUGGAGAUGGACGGGUUCGAGGCCACGGAGGGCGUCAUCGUCAUGGCCGCCACCAACCUGCCCGAGUCACUGGACCCAGCGCUCAAGCGCCCGGGCCGCUUCGACCGCCAGGUGGCGGUUCCGCUACCCGACAUACAGGGUCGUCGCGACAUCCUGGAGCACUACCUCUCCGACAAGCCGCUGUCGAACGACGUGGACCGGGAGCUGCUGGCGCGGCAGACGCAGGGCUUCUCCGGCGCCGACCUGUCCAACCUGAUCAACGAGGCGGCCAUCCUGGCGGCCAAGGAGGGCGGCGACCACCUCACGCAGAGGGGGCUGGACUGGGCCUUUGACAAGGUGCUCAUGGGUCUGGAGCGCAAGUCCGUGAAGCGCACGCUAGAGGCGCGCAAGCGCACCGCCUACCACGAGGCCGGCCACGCAUUGGUGGCCUUAGCCACACCCGGCGCCUCGCCCAUCCACAAGGCAACCAUCGUGCCGCGCGGACACGCGCUGGGCAUGGUCACGCAGGUGGGCCGCGAGGACGAGUUCAGCAUCAACCGGCGGCAGAUGCUCGCGCGCAUCCGAGUGUGCAUGGGCGGCACCGUGGCGGAGGAGCUGGUGUUCGGGCAGGACGCCGUCAGCAGCGGCGCCACUGACGACCUGCGACAGGCCACCUCCAUGGCUCGUCACAUGGUGGCGGAGUGCGGCAUGAGCGCCGCCAUUGGGCCGGUGUACGUGGCGGCCAUGCACGACGAGCGCCACGGCGGCGGCGGCGUCAGCGAGGCCACUCGGCAGCGCGUGGACGCCGAGGUUGCGGCCAUGCUGGCGGAGGCCAAGCGCGAAGUGUUCCGACUCCUGACCGAGCGCGAGCAGGACCUGCACACGCUGGCGGGGGCUCUGCUGGACAAGGAGACCCUGAGCCGCGAGGAGAUCCACUCGCUGCUGCACAUGCCACCCCCCGCGCCCGAGCAGCCCUCCAGCAGCGGCGGAGGCGGAGCAGGUGGAGGCAGCGGAGGCGGCGGCGGGGACAAGCGGGAGCCGAUUCCGGAGCCGGAGCCGGCGGCGGCGCAGGCGCCCGCAGCUGCUUCGGCGUCGACAUCGACGUCGACGACGGCGGCUGUGGCGGUGGCGGCGCAGGCUGCGGGGCCGGUGGCGUCGGCUGUGACGGUUGGGGAGACGGUGGCGACAUCGGCACGGUGGCGCGCGACAGUGCCGGCGGCAGUGGGGAUGGAGGCGAGCACGAGCGGCUAUUUGGAGGGGGUGGCGGGGGGCGCAGCGCGCUGGGGGCUGGGUGGGGAUGAUCAGGGGGGCGCCCUGGGUGUUGCGCCCUCGGGGUCGGGGCGGUGGCAGCAGCAGCCACAUGCGGCGGCGGCAGAAGCGGCGGCAGCGGAGGCCGGGCCGGAGGGCUGGUCGUGGCGGGACGGCUACCGGCCUCCUGCCGCGUCAGCACCGCCAGCAACCGCUUCAUCCUCUUCACAGCAGCAGCAGCAGCAGGACCGGAGCGGACACCAGCAGGCAUGGGAGGGGCGGCAAUGGGGCGAGCAGCAGCAGCAGCAGCAGUACGCAGGGCUUCGGGUGGCGGAGUAUGAGGGCGUGAGCGAGGACGACGUAGAGCCCGUGCUACCGCGGCGACAGCAGGAGCGGGAGGCGGUGGAGGGGCAGUCGCUGGGAUGGGCGCAGCGGCAGUAGCCGGUAGGAAGCGCUGGUGGAGCGCUGGGUCGCGUGAGCGGCCGCGAACGGGUGUUGGUGAACUCUAAUUGCUGCAGGAUGUUGAACUGAUGGGGGCUUCAAUUGUGGCGUGGUUCGGGGGAGGGCGAGUGCCUGUGCCCGCCACGUCUGAUACGGUAGAUCCCGGUGCUGUUUCAUGUCCCAACGUACGGGGUACCGCCAGGCUUUGCAUUCAGGAUCUUGGCCUCCAUAAGUCUUCGGGUGCUGGGACUGUCCCCUCUAACAUCCGCAUUCAUAAGUCUGGGACUGCACAUACGGUGCCCAGCAGGUUGGAGUGGUCGGGUGAGGUUGCAUGUGAUGAGCGAAGAUUGUGCAGGCGGAUUACCUACCGUGUAGCAGGGCCCGUUGCCAUUGCAACUUGCAAACCAGUUUGGGCGGCUGGGCAUGCGAUUGGAGAUAGAGAUCAGACGCUGGGAGGAGGCGUAACCUGAGACUUUCUGGGAUGGCUGCAGAAAGGACAGGGGGGGGGGGUAGAAAGCUCAGAUUCUUACCCCAUGCUCAAAAUUACAGAGCUUUAGGAGAGCAUUACGCACGUACUUCUAGUUUUGUAAGGGGGUGUGGUG